AUGGCAUCCACCAUUGCGUCCAUGCCGCCUGAGCAGCCACUCUUUCGAGCCAUUACCAGCUCUACAAGACAAAUCCAUCAGCUGCUGAAAUGCAUCAGCUUCACCACAAAAGCCCACGUACAGAUUACUCAAGAGGGCAUCAGGUUCUCUGCCGACCAUUCCAGGGUAAUGCAAGGCGUUGCAUUUCUUGACAAGGCACUGUUCACAAAGUACACUCUGAACCUUCCGGACAAUGAUGAUGAUACAUCCCUCCCUCAAUUUCAGAUCAACCUCGCCGCCUUUCUAGAGGCAUUGCUAAUCUUUGGUGCCACGGAUAUGGCCGCUAGACAAGCCAAAGCUGACGCAGAACCCUACCGGAGCAAUCUGAGGAAUUACCGUCCAGAUGCCUUUAGUAACCAGACUUUGGGCAUUCAAGGAACAUGCUCACUACUAUACGAGGAAGAUGGCUCGCCGUUGAGUAUCAUCAUGGAGGAGACGGGUGUCAAGACACAAUGCAACAUGAUGACUUACACUCCCGAUCGACCUGACGAUAUCCCCUUCGACCGCACGGAUUUGACAUUCAAGAUCAUUAUGCAAGCAAGGUGGUUGCUAGACGCUUUGUCCGAGUUGGCACCCAUGUCUCCUGAUCGCAUUACCAUUACGGCUAUGCCAACCGCGCCAUAUCUGGGCCUUGCGAGCGGCGGGAACCUUGGUAGCGCAAGCGUCGACUUUACGAAUGGACGGGAUCUCCUCGAAACAUUCUCUGUACGUGAGAAAUGGACUCAAGGCUUCAAAUUUGAUCUCGUCAAGUCGGCAAGCGAGGCGAUGCGCAUUGCAAGUAAAGUGAGCUUCCGAGGCGAUGGCCAAGGGGUUUUGAGUCUGCAGUUCAUGGUCGAAGUUGAAGGUAGCGAUGUCAGCUUUCUGGACUUUCGAUUUGUUCCCUACGCGGAAAGUGUAAUGGAGGAUGAGGAGGACGCUGGCCCUGAUGAGGCAGAUGAUGAAUUCGAGUGA